CGAUAACUGAUGCACCGGCAAUGUCAAAGUUGUCAAACGAGAUUGAAGACGUUACGCGACCUCGGAAUGUAUUAAUGAUCAUAUAAACCUAAUUUACGCGAGAAUAACGAAAGAUAAUCAUCGUUAGAAAAUCGGUUUACAUUUUUAAAGGCCGGUUUGAUUCAUUUUUUCUUUCUAGCCCCUUGUAGGCGUCUGAACUCGACAAGAUGCGCCUCACCAUUCAGAUGUUGAUAUCCCAUGGCCGGGUGGCCCGUAAGAUGGGUCUCGGUCCAGAGUCCCGAAUAAACAUGCUUCGGAACAUUCUUACUGGGCUCGUUCGACACGAGAGGAUAGAGACCACCCGAGGCAGAGCAGACGAAGUUCGAUUCUAUGCUGAAAAGGUGAGGACAUGGAUGGUAACCUUACCCUUUCACGCAGCUCAACACAGCUUCUUCUCCAAUAGUAGUUCAAAGGCCGGCAGAUGGCGAUAUUGAGUCGUUUCAUCUUUCCGUCCAAAGGGAAUGUAUGCAGCCGGCUAUACACUUGUAUACCCCGUCAGCCAAUCACACCUGGGGUGAAAAAACAGACUGCUCCAACCUGAUUGGCUGAACGCGAUAGGCAACAUCCAGAACAUGUCGGAAAAUGGUGUUUCAUGAAGAAAGUAUGCAUAUUUUCCCUUCUUUUUUUUCUCGCCUUCUCUCCAUUAAAUCGAGUUAAGGAGGACAUCACCUCCUUUGCAGCCUGAAUGGAGAAUGUUUUAUGUACAACCCGGUCCUUGGGGGAUAUGAGUGUAUAGCUGGCUACAUAGAUUCCCUUUGGACGGUAAGAUGAAGCGACUCAAUAUUGUCAUCUACCAGCCUUUGGGCUACUCCACUAGUUGACUAAACUCAACUCCCAUGGUGAAGGAAGUUUCUGAUGAACUCCACCAGUGGAGUUGAGCAGAGUCCAUGCUUUGUGAAAUUCAGCUCUGACUACAUUGAUUCGCCCAAGGUCAAUAGUAAAUUAUGAAAUGCUUACCUUGUACUAAUGGAUGUCCUAUGUAGUUGUGUGCCUUUCUUUCUUUGCUGAAAUCCAUACUUUUUAAUCAAACUUUAAUCAAAUACAACCAUGGAGUUGAGUUUUGUGAGCUACUUCUCAACCAUCCAUGUUUUGUAGGCUACUGUAGUUUUUGACAGCUUGUGACGUUGUUGACCAAUGAGUGAUGUUGUUUUGCAGUUGAUUGACUAUGCCAAGAAGGGAGACACUGACGAGAAAGCGAUGAAAAUGGCAAACUUCUGGCUCACAGUAAUUGUUCUUUCUAUAUGAUCUUUGUAUUUUAAUGUCCACAGCUUUGUUGUUCUAUUAUCUACCAGAUUAGUAUGAGUGAGUGUUACUAGUUCUUUCAGUCAGUCAUCAUCCUCUCUCUCUCCUCUGUGGUUUCAGGAAAAGGAUCUGAUCCCAAAGCUCUUCAAGGUCCUGGCUCCCAGGUUUGAGACCCAGCCCAAAGCCUACACCCGGAUGGCCCGCAUUCCCAACAGGGAGAACCUGGACAAGGCUGCCAUGGCCGUGCUGGAGUACAAAGGCAACCCGUUCCCACCUCUCCAGCCCGCCAAACAAGAUAAUGAACUCACGUUAAUCAACCAGCUCCUCAAAGGCUACAGAGAGGAGCGGGCACAGCAGGCAGCAGCCAAGGUUGAGGCGUAAUGCAACCAGCCACACACUGACAUUACAUGUGUUAGAUCAGGGGUGUGUUCGGUACGGUGAAACAUUUAGAAUGUCAUGUCUGUUCUACACAAUGUAUUUCUAUCCGAACAUUCUGGAACGUUGCCCCCUCCUGAAUAAGCCCCUGUAUUUCCCUAGUAGGGGACCCGCUGGUGGGUUGUGGUCUUUACCGUUAUAGUCCACAGAUUCUGACUAGGUCCUGACUUGGAAACAUUUUGUUGCUUUGUGUGUAAUAAGAAAACACCCAACACUUUUGGUGGAUCAUAGUACAGAAACAUGUGGGAGCCACUGUAGAUGACUGACUACAGUAUUUAUGACUUUCUAUGGACCCCACUGAACAUGAAAGAGGAUGUUGUGUGUCAAAAUAAAUGUGAUUGUUUGACAAUGUUAAGCGUUCUGUUAUUUUGACUGUUAGUCAAAUGAAAAGUUAUGUUCAUGACACUACUGUGAAUUUAACAGAUGUGCUUACAUCAGAAACAGGUUCGAUGUGCUGUUAUUAUUCCCUCUACUGGUUCAGAAACAUGUCCCCCAAACUUUUCAUUAUUAUCAAGGUUUGAUGUCCUGUUAUUAAUCCCUCUACUGAUUCAGAAUAAACAUCAGUGGCAAAUAGAGGCAGGAUAUUUUAUGAAAGCAACCACCUUCAGUCUUCUGUGAGUUGAGCCAGCCAGGCAUAAUCACACACUCCUCAUGAGCUUCCCCAUUCGUUCUAUUUGUUUAGAUUCAAACUGUUUUGUUAUUAAGAGCUGCUGUAGAGCUUGGUUUUUACAUACUGGUAAUUACUUGCCUAAAUUUCCCCAAACCUAUUGCAAUUAUAUUCAAUUGGACCUGCUCUCCGCUCUCCUUUGCCACUUGCCUGUAAGCACUCCAAUUGUGAGAUUGGUUCCAGAAUAAUAAUUGUACUGUAACAAGGUGGAGUUGAUGUUUUGGACGAAUGCCCUUGCCCUUCUACAACACAUAAAAACAACUCGUACACAUUCACACUGUGGCCAAGGUAUGAAAGAAACAGACAAGGCCUCUAAUAAAACCAACCAUUUUAAUUUGGCAAAAAGUGUAUGUACAGCGUAUUCAGAAUAUCCUCAUUUGACACCAUUAAAAUGCAUUCAUUUCGAACAGUGCUUCAGUAAUGUGCUCUUAACCAGACCUCUCUAAAUACCCAGGAAGCUGUGCUGUUAUCUGUCAUGCAUAUAAAACCCUCACACUCAUCUGCCUUUGCUCUUCCACUUGUGUCCGUGUGUAAUAGACAAAUACCAUAGAUAAGUUGAUCAUGCAGCUUGUUCUACAGGAUGAAUGGAACCUGUCAGUCAAUAUCAAUCUGUUCAGUCAAGUAAUGGCAUCUGUAAUCGUGGACAACAGUGGAUUGUAAUGGCAAUAGAGCUGAAUUUAUACGCCUACAGAGACACAAUCUUUAGAUCACCAGAACAAUCUAAUUCAAGUAGCAUUCUUUUUUACAGACUAAAUUAUACCUUUGACUAUGUUCUUAUGUACAUAACAUGUGCUGUACCAGUCUGACCAACCCAAGCCUACUCCAGACAUCUACUACAGAAAGACAAUAAAGGUCUAUUGAUAAAACCAUUAGAAACAGUCGAUUAACCACCAUUAU